UACGUAAACAAACAGAAGAGCGGCUUUGAAAAACAGUCGUAUUGGGAGAGCAGAGAGGGAGAGAGACUUGCAGUGAUGUUGGGUAGGGUGAUAGGGACUUUUCUCCCCCGACUGCUGCCCGCCACCCAUUCCACCCUUGCCACGUACCCGCCACACGCCAGCGCCCUCCUCAGGCCCCUACACACAUCCCACAGCAGAUGCCUCAAAGAAAUUGUGGUGGAGGAGCAGGAAGGGGGAGACACAGUGGUGAAGGGACAGUACCUCCCAUCCCCCAAUGCACACCUCCUUGUGAAGCCUGAUGGGGAGACUGGCAAGGCGUGCCCCCUCUGUGCCCUCGACCUUGACGUCAAGCACACGGAUGUGCUUAUUCUGUCCCAGUUUAUGCGCAGUGAUGGGAGCGUUCUGCCGCGGCGUGUGACUGGCCUUUGUAGCAAGCAGCAGCGGCGCAUCACCUGGCUGGUCAUCAUGGCACAGAAAGCAGGGCUGAUGCCAAACCUCGCCCCGGCCACCAGCAAGAGGGACCCAAGCAGGAGAUACGGCUCAAAGAAAUUCAACCGAUAUUUUGACGAGAACACCCUGCCAAAGUGAACCCUGGCAGGUCCUCCCCCGCACCCCAUUCCUCUCCCCCGCACCCCAUUCCUCUCCCCCGCACUCCAUUCCUCUUCCCCUUAGCCCUUCUCUGCCCUUCACAGCCUCUCCUACUUUUGUUUACCUUUCUCCCCUUCCUUGUUCCUUCUUUCUCUUCACUUUCCUUCCUUUCCCUUCCCUUCCCUUCAUUCGCUGUACAAAUAUCAGUGUUUUGUUUUGUAGCAUUCAACAAGGGUGUACCUCUGUAUAUAUUUUGAUAACUAGGUGUUAUCCACGAAUAAAAAAAAUAAAUAAUAAAUAAACAUGCAAAACCAA